AACCAGAUCUUACUCUGGGAAUGGCACAACUUCAUUGGUCACUCCUCUUAGUUCUGAUGUCUUUCAGCCCCAUAUCUAUCGCUUACCCAACUGGAGCACCGAUAUCUGCUUGUGAAACAAUGAUCCCGGGGCAUGUUGGAAUCUAUCCCCAGCCUAAGCCUGCCCCAUAUAUAAUCAAGACAAACUCCACUCUUAUCCAGAAGGGAAGACCUAUACAAGUUCAGAUAAUUGGCCCGGUCUACAGAGGAAUCCUGUUGGAGACGCGGACCUAUGCUCAGACCACUCUAUUUGGAAAAUGGUUGCAGCCUCCAAAUAACACCAAAAUAUUAGCGUGCCCAAAAAAUCCUGUUGGAGCCGUCACACAUGCCAACACUAACUUGAAGGACCAGUCUACAACAUACUUAUGGAUGCCACCAGACUCUGGAUCCCCCCCUGUGUUAUACUUUGUUGCGACUGUAGCCGAGGCUUAUGAUAAAUACUGGCUUGGAAUCCAGUCUGCAAUUUUAUAUAUGUCAUGGACCAUCACAGCAAAAAUGAUCAAAAUCUGUUACUAA